GCGAGACUUGGGGGCGGAGCGGAGGGGCGGAGUCAGGAGGAGACGCUCUGGAGGGGGCCUGCGGAGGUCGGGGUCGCUCCGGGUGAGGAGGAGGAGGUGGCGGCGGCUAGGAGGCGGAAGUGAGCCCGAGCCGCCCCGGCAGAGACGGUGCGUGCGUGGAGACGGCUCCGGCUUCGGCGUCGUGAGGGAUCCCGAGCCCUCCCCUGGUCCCCCCCGCGGCGGCGGCGGCGGCCAUGGCGAAAGGCAGGGUCGGGGAGCGGGCUAAGGAGGUGGCGGCGGCCCCUGCGGGGCCGCGGGACCCCCCGGACCAGGCCCACGGAGACUCCCCGAAAGUAAAAGCUAAUGCAGAAGCUGGAUCAGCAAGAAUGUCUCUUCUUAUACUGGUGUCCAUUUUCCUGUCUGCUGCUUCUGUUAUGUUUUUGGUUUAUAAGAAUUUUCCUCAACUUAGCGAGGAAGAAAGAGCAAACAUGAAGGUCCCCAGAGACAUGGAUGACGCCAAGGCACUAGGAAAAGUUUUAUCCAAAUACAAGGACACCUUUUAUGUACAAGUACUUGUAGCUUAUUUUGCUACAUAUAUUUUCUUGCAAACAUUUGCUAUUCCAGGUUCUAUAUUUCUCAGUAUUCUCUCAGGGUUUCUUUAUCCCUUUCCACUAGCCUUAUUCCUUGUUUGUUUGUGCUCUGGACUCGGUGCGUCCUUCUGUUACAUGCUUUCGUAUUUGGUUGGGAGACCAGUGGUAUACAAGUAUUUAACAGAAAAGGCGGUGAAAUGGUCACAGCAGGUUGAACGACAUCGAGACCAUCUCAUUAACUACAUAAUAUUUUUGAGAAUAACUCCUUUUCUGCCUAACUGGUUUAUUAACAUAACAUCUCCUGUUAUAAAUGUACCAUUAAAAGUGUUUUUUAUUGGUACUUUUCUAGGUGUUGCACCUCCAUCUUUCGUAGCAAUCAAAGCAGGAACAACACUCUACCAGCUUACAACAGCAGGGGAAGCUGUUUCCUGGAACUCAGUAUUUGUCCUGAUGAUUUUAGCAGUUGUCUCUAUUCUGCCAGCUAUCUUCCAGAAAAAACUGAAACAGAAGUUCGAGUAACAAAGCACUUUGGUUUUAAUUUCCCUGUAUUUUCAUCUCAGGAUCUGCAGUUCCAUAUUUUUCUGUUUUGAAAUCAUCUCUUCACCAAUGGAAAAAGGGAACAUUUUCCUAUCAAACAGCUGAGGGAAGGCAUUCUAAGUGGCAAGGAAGAAGACGAAGCAAAAUGGCAAUUGGAAAAGGACAUUGAUUUGCUUGGGUGGGGAAACACUAACUUCUAAAUGACCACCUAGCCAGUAACUACAGACAAGUAUUAAUGGCAGGUUGCAAGAGAACUCUUCAUCUAAACCCGUAGAGCUAAUCUAGCUGUUAUAAUCCCAGGACCUGCGUACACUUAUCCCUGACUUGGUAAUUGGGGCUGUUGAUUUUCCCUUCUCCCUUCCCUCUCUUUCCCAAGUGAUAACCUAAUGGAUAUGCAACAGUACUUGCUGGAAAACAAAAGUGUUAAUAUUCCUGCUGAGAUCAGCCUUUUUUUUUUACAGAGCAUCAACUGGGAAAAUGAGACUGACAUACUAUGGUUCUUAUUUUUUCCUUCUUAGGUUUGUGCUGAUUGGUUUAAUUUCAGGCCCUUGGAAGAUUGAGGAAUUCAGUUAGGAUAUAAAGUUUUUCUACUUUUGUGGGGUUUGAUUUUUGAUGUUUUGUUUUGAAUUUUUAUCAUGAAUUCAUCUGAAUUUUAAAAUUCUGACCUCAACUUCUUUGUUCUCUUUAAACUAGUUUUGCCAAUAUUUCAGUUGUGCCUGUAUAUUAGGGUGAUCAAAAUUAAUGGCAAUAAUUUCUAUCGAAAUAAUAUUUUAGAAUACUAUUCUUCUUUGAAAACUCAGAAGAGGGUUUCCAAAGCAUCACUCCAAAUACAGUCUGAAGGGGGUAGAAAAAUUGCACUGCUAUGAUUUUUAGGGACGAAAACUUUGUGCCAGUGCACAUCUUCACUGGUAAAUAUAAUAAAUUGGUUAAAAUAGUUAUGGAAUUUUCAUCCUUAAUUUAUUAGUCUGGUACUUAAAGUAUGUUAUGUAAUUACACUUUCUAAUGCAUGUUAUACUUAUAAGGCUCUGGUUUUUGUACCCGAUUGGUAGCUUUUUGUUUGUAGCUGCUUUAGAUCAAUGCUUUAUUUUGUCUUAAGCCACCAAAUAAAGAACACUGUCUCUCAAACGGUAACAACUCUAAAUAGGUAGCACUGGAAAAGCCGUCUGCUGCUUGCUGCUUGUUUGGAAUGCCUCUGAUUCCGAGCUUUGCCAUUCUGCAAGGUUUUGUCAGUUUUGUUUUCCCAGAAAUUUGUCAAUGCAUUAGAGUCUUCUUUAGAAACAAGAGAAGCCCUGUAUUAUUAUUAUUAAUUUAGAAAGAUUUGGUCAUCUUUAAAACCUGGUUUCUAAAAUAUAAUGUGUCACAGUAUUAACAAAUGAAUUUAUUGUAAAUACACAGAAAAUAUAUUAACAUGUACAUGUCUCACUGCUUUAUGUGAUCCGAUUAAACUUCCUUAGACCUCACAGCAAAGGUUUGAGUAUUUUUACAUAAAAGGAUUUAAAACAUACUCUAUGGACAAAGUAGUACUAAUUUAAACAGUAGGACAGAGUAAAUUUUUACUUCAAAAUAUGAACUUGAAUUAUCAUUUAUGAGCCUGGCCUUGGCAGAGCAGUGAAGCUUCACACCACUGAAGCCCUCAUGACUGUUGCCUUUCCAGAGUUAUUUUGUCAGCAUUAUUAACUGUUUAGUUGCUUCCCUCAUACUGUUGACCUUUGUAUAGUAGGAAUGUGUCUGCUAUUUUCAGUUCAACGUUGUUUCUUUUUCUAAGAAUGUCAUUGACUUCAAGCUAGUAGUUGUAGAUUCCUUUUCAGUGGCUACUAAGAAGGAAUCCUUGAGCAUGUUUUACUGGGGGAAAAUUUAGCCAGUGGCAUGCAAAGGCCCCUUCACAAAUGUGGCAUUCCUGGAAGACUUGUUCUAAUGCCCCAAAUUAAUAAAGUCCACUUGGCACAAGUUUCAGUCCUUCGGAGGGAGAGAGCUGCCAUGAAACGAAUGGGAAGGUAAGGCCCUAACUUACCGUGUGACAUUGCAUUCACUUGGCAAAGUAGAUUGUCUUUGGAAUUGUUUAUUAUGUUUUGUGUACAAUAUUUUUAAGAUACUCAGUGUAAGCUAAACUGUGAUGGGAAUAAAACACUUGAGAAACAUCA